AAUCUAUGAAAUUUUAUUUUUGUGGACCUUGUGACCUUGACUUGAGCAUUUUUGAAAUCGCUACAAUAAUAAAUAAUAAACAUUAAAAAAUCUUAUUAAUUAAUUUUCUGACUGUGAUAAACGAUUUAUAUGGUUUAUAAUACCAAUAACAAAAAUUUAGAAAUGUCAAAUAAAUAUGAAACGCUGAAACAUCAUCAACAGGAUAAUUCAGAUAGUGGAAGUGGUGAUGAAGAUAAUGGCCCGAGUAUAACUGAUCUGGGCCCUAUUGAAUAUCCGCCAGGAGAGCACCGCUUGCAACACCCAUAUUGUCUUUGGUUUUCUAAAAGACCUUCACAAAUACAAGGUGUUCAGGGUUAUAUUCAGGCAUUGAGGCUGGUAGGCCAAGUAGGAACUGUAGAACAAUGGUGGGCUCUGUAUUCCCAUAUGGCAAGGCUACAAGAUAUACCAGCUCACAGGGAUUUACAUCUGUUUAAAAAAGGUAUAAAGCCAAUGUGGGAAGAUGCAGCUAAUAAAAAGGGAGGAAAAUGGGUUAUAAGAUUAAGAAAAGAACAAGCAGGUAGAGCAUGGGAAAAUUUGUGUAUGGCCAUGUUAGGUGAACAAUUCAUGGCUGGUAAUGAAAUAUGUGGUGUAGUAGUAUCAACACGCUAUCAAGAGUUUCUAUUGAGUAUUUGGAAUCGAACUGCAUCUGAUCAAGCCACUACUUCUAGAAUUAGAGAUGCUCUAAAGAGACUAUUGAAUUUACCUUCUACUGCAACAAUGGAAUACAAAACACACAAUGAUUGUCUUAAAUAUGGGGCUUCAAAAACUAUACCAAAUAAUGUUCUGAAAAGUUGACCACAAUGAAAAUGGUUAAUUUAGAAAGUGAAAUUUUUCAUGAUUAUUGGACACAAAAAUCAAUAAAAGGAUAAUCAGUAUGUA